GUCUUUACAAAAAUUAUCAUAAGCUGCCAAGCUUUCAUAUUGCUUCAAGUUCAUAACAGAUUAGUUUACUGAAAGCGAAUACUUUCUGUUCUAACAUGAAGUGUGCUUUAUUCUUCUUGUUUUUUGCUGGUGUUACUGCCGAUUUGGAAGAGUGGAAGAACUUUAAGAUUAGGCAUGGAAAAGCAUACACCUCUUCCGUCGAAGAUAGAAGACGUUUCAGUGUUUUCCACGAGAAUUUAAAGAAGAUACUAGAUCACAAUGAAAGGUUCAACAAAGGCGAAGUAACCUAUGCCAUGAAGGUCACCAAAUUCACAGAUAUGACAGAAAAGGAAUUCAAAGAUUUCUUGAAGAAUUCGUAUGGUGGAGGAAUGAGGUCAUCGGACUAUUCACAAGACGCUGCACACGAAUCAACUGAUGAUCAACCAUCCAGUGUUAAUAUUAAAGAACUUCCCAAAACUAUUGACUGGAGAAACCAGGGGGCGGUGACUAAAGUGAAAGACCAAGGAAUGUGUGGCUCUUGUUGGGCUUUUAGCGCAGUGGGAGCUUUGGAAGGGCAACAUUAUAAGAGCAAUGGGACCUUACUGGACUUGAGUGCACAAGAUCUAGUAGACUGUGCUGAUGGUACAUAUGGUAACAUGGGAUGCAAGGGGGGGCUCAUGAGCUACGCUUACGAUUACGUCAAAGACAAAGGAAUCCUCACGGAAAAUGAAUAUCCAUACAAGGGACAUCAGGAGUCAUGCAAGCAAAAAGGGAAUGGAUUCAAAAUAAAAUCGUAUAUCAACGUUACCAUUAAAGACGAGAACGCGCUUACUCAAGCAGUUGCAACUAUAGGUCCAAUAUCCUGUUGUAUGGACGCCAGUUGCAUGUCGAGUUACAGUCAUGGCAUCGUGGACAGCACAUGUGGCUGUGACAGUGACAGGUAUUCCAUGAAUCAUGGUGUUUUGGUGGUUGGAUAUGGAGAAGAGAAAGGCAUCGAAUACUGGAUAGUGAAAAACUCAUGGGGUGCUGACUGGGGAGAAAAAGGAUACUUCAGGCUGAAGAAAGAUGGCCAGAAUACAUGCGGAAUUGCUACAGACUCUUCGUACCCUCUGGCAUAAACUAAAACCACAUAGAUAUGCAUAAUACAUGAGCCUUUUCUAUUUUAGAGGUACUAAGAAUUUGAAGUAUCAUAUUCUCAUGUUGAGAAGCUUUUUUUGACAAAUAAAUAUAUUUUUAUAUCAAAUGCUACUAUUUUCUUUGCCCUCAUGCAAAAAUACCUCUAUACUAUAUUCUCACAUGAGCGCUGGAAAGGGAUCAUUUCGAUAGAAUGCGGUUUGCCACAUUUUUGGGAAUUAAAC